AUGUUCAAGAACCUGCUCAACAAGGAAAAGAAGAAGAUCGAGAAGGAGGUGCUUGGCUCGAGCGGAAAAGGCUCCGGCAAGCAAGGCAGUGGCCACGGCGGACACAGCGGCGGCGGUGCCGGCCAUGGUGGAGGCGGCCAUGGCCACGGCGCGGCGGGUGCCGGAGCGGGUGCGGGCGCUGGUGCUGGUGCGGCGGGUGUCGCGGGUGGUGCAGCGGCCUCGCGUCACGGCGCGGGCCAUGGCGCGCAUGCCGGCGGCAAGCCGGACAUCACGACGUUUGACCUCGCGGGCCUGCCUGUGCACGUCUAUGGUCUGAACAACCUGACGCCUGCCUCGCCGAACGGUGUGCCCGACGUCUGCAUCAAUGUGCACAUGCACGGACGUACCGGCUCUGCGAAGAACGAGGAGUCCCUCGCCACCGAGCUGUACACCAACACUAUGAACGAGCGCGCGGCGCUCGCGCAGUCGGCCCGUGCGCGCGACUUUUUGCUCGUGACCUUUGACUCGCGCAACCACGGCCAACGCAAGACGAACCCCCAGGGCCAGAAGUCGUGGAAGGAGGGCAACCCUACACAUGGCGUCGACAUGUACGGCAUGAUCCGCGGCACGGCGGCCGAUGUAUCGUUUAUCAUCCAGAUGCUGCCUGCUUAUCUCUUCCCUAAUGACGAGCGCCGCGUCUCGAUCUUUACCGUAACCGGUAAGAGUCUCGGCGGUCACUCGUCGUGGCAGGUGCUUGCACAUGAGCCGCUGAUUCGCAUCGGCGUGUCGUUCAUCGGGACGCCCGAUUUCCAGAAGCUCGUGGCGAUGCGUGCCAAGAAGUCGAACCUGUCCGAUACACCGCCGACGGUCCCCGGCUCGCUGCGCGCGCUGCUGCAGCGCGUGGACCCUGCUGCACAGCCCUACCGCGAGGCGGGCCCGCAGAACCCCUUCUUUGGCAAGAAGAUCUGCGCGUGCAGCGGCGCGGACGACACGCUCGUGCGCUUCUCGUACUCGCAAGAGUUCCUGGAGAACCUCGUCGUGGCCCCUCCGGGCUCGGACGAGGCACGCCGCAGCCUCCAGGUGUAUGUACAGCCGAACACGGGCCACACCGUGACCAGCGAGAUGCUCCGCAUCGGUGCCCAGUGGCUCACGCAGUGGGCACUGCCUUAUUAA